AUGGACGUUGAUGAUGUCACCAGAGAUUUUAACGAGCUGCUCCGGACGGAUCCUGAGAUGUCUGCUGCCGUUGCUGCAGUUACUGUCCUUGUUAGACUUAUGGAAAGCAAUAAUGCUGGCACUUUGUCGGAGCUGGUGGACACAAUCCGGAAUGCAACUUUAGCAAUGUUGGACACAGACUACAGUUAUGCGUCCAUCAAAUCUGUAUGCGAGCAGUUCUUGAGGUUUAUUACUCUGGCAAAUUUACAAGAUACGAAUUUUCAAACAAUAAUGUUGCACAGAGGUAAAAUAUUCUACAACAAUACCCUGAAAGCCAGAGGCAAAAGUGUGAAGAUGGCCCAGCAUUUUAUCGACGAUGGUGCGACUAUCCUCACACACUCUCGAUCUCGUGUGGUGAUGCAGGUUCUAAAGGAGGCCGCUAUGGAGAAGAAGCGGUUUACAGUCUACGUGACAGAGUCCAGUCCUGACAAAAGUGGCUAUCAGGUGAAAGAAGAGCUGUCCAGACUUGGAAUACCUGUGACUGUCAUUCUGGACGCAGCAGUUGGGUACAUCAUGGAGAAGGUCCAGCAGGUGAUGCUGGGAGCUGAAGGUGUCAUGGAGAGUGGUGGCAUCAUUAACAAGAUCGGCACCUACCCCAUCGCUGUGUGUGCCCAACAGAUGAACAAGCCUGUCUACGUUGUGGCAGAAAGUUUCAAAUUUGUGCGAGAGUUCCCACUGAAUCAGAAAGAUGUGCCUGAUCGUUUUAAGUAUCGAGCAUCCACCUUUAAAGCCAACAAAGAUUUAAGCCAGGAGCACCCAUUGGUCGACUACACGCCCCCUGAGUACAUCAACCUCAUGUUUACCGAUCUGGGUGUCCUGACGCCAUCGGCUGUCAGCGAUGAACUCCUGAAAUUGUACUGUUAA